UGUUGCAGAUAGGUGAGAGAUGAGGGAGGGGUGGAUAUUUUUGGAUAUUUCUUUUAGAACAGUGGCCUACCUGUCACAGACAAACUUGUUACUGUAAAGGGAAGGACUUUACAGAUACUGAGAAGUUUUGCUGGCGGGUCUAGUUCCCUAUCUUAUUGGUCUUAUCAGAGCGUUAUGGUAUCUGGACAACACUUAAGAUGUAGGCCGUCAUUGUAAAUAACAAUUUGUUCUUAACUGACUUGCCUAGUUAAAUAGAGGUUACAUUUAAAUAAAAAAGAUAACGAGACAUUGUUCUUAGAAUGGAGCUGUUAUCUUGAGAGUUCAUCAAUUGCAUGGAAUUAUUGGAGUAAUGUGUAGGACACGUUGUUUUACCCUUGCCGAUAUUCUUCUGCGAUAGUGAGAUAGACAGGAUUGUAGUUCUCCAUAUAUGUUUAUAGAGAUACAUGUAGUAUGGACGUAGAUCCAGUACGGUUGGAGUCCAGUCUAUGGGUCGGUAAGAAACGUUACCGGGCAGCACUUACUGGCUGGCACCUCAACUGGACUGAGCUUGAUAAGAAGAACCGCGAUAAGAAGACCGUUUCAGUACCAGUAUCUGAGGUUAUUGGUGUGGAGGUAGGGCGUGUGCAGGUUCUACCCCAGAGGUCAGUAGCUGAAGACACAGACAGAGAAUUCACAGUGUUCUAUGUGAAACGCAGCAGCAGCGGUAGUCCCUAUGGGUUGUUAUGGCGCCUGGGCAGGACCCAGUUCUGCUGUCCCAGUAGGGACCUCAGAGACCAGUGGAUGACCCAGCUGAGGAUUGCCCUCAAAACACACAGCCCCUCUCGUCCUCACAGGCUGUUGGUGUUCAUCAACCCGUUUGGAGGAAAGAAACAAGGGAGGCAGAUCUAUCACUCUCUCGUGGCCCCACUGUUUGAGCUGGCAGGUAUCAGCUCUCAUGUUGUAGUGACAGAACGCGCCAACCAGGCGAGAGACCACAUACUGAAGAAAGACCUGACUGGUUUCGAUGGUGUGGUGUGUGUGGGCGGGGACGGAAUUUUCAAUGAGCUGCUGCACGGUGUUAUUGGCCGAACACUGCAGGAGGCAGGGCUAUCGGAGCAUGACCCCUCCGUAACGCUACAAUCAUGUGAUCUUCACAUUGGCAUCAUUCCUGCAGGCUCUACAGACUGUGUGUGUUUCGCCACUGUGGGAGUCAACGACCCAGUGACCUCUGCUCUGCACAUUAUCAUUGGAGACUCUCAGCCUCUGGAUGUGUGUUCUGUCCACCAUUGCUCGUCUCUGGUGCGUUACUCUGUGUCUCUGGUGGGGUACGGGUUCUAUGGUGACGUGCUGGCUGAGAGCGAGAGACACCGCUGGAUGGGGCCUCUCAGAUAUGACUACUCAGGUGCUAUGGUGUACCUAAGUAACAGGAGCUAUGCAGGCGUAAUUCAGUACCUACCAGCAGACUCCCAGCUAUCCAGCCCCAGGGACAAUACACGCUGCCUCUCUGGGUGCAGUGUGUGUUCUAAAGGCACAGAGAGACUGUUCCCCCACUCUCCAGGUGCUAGUUCCCUCUACAGCUCCCACUUCAGUCAAUUCAGCAGUGACACUGAGGAACUUCCUCUGCUCUCUCUGCCCCGUGCUGCAGGUGAGUGGGUGAGUGUGGAGGGCCGGUUCAGGGCUGUGUCCCUCACCUGUAUGUCCAGCUCCUGUCCUCGCAGUCCCCUGGGCCUGUCCCCCUCCGCACACCUGGCCGAUGGGACAGGUGACCUGAUCAUCGUACGGGACACACACCCCUUAGGGUUCCUUACCUUCCUACACAGACACACCAGCACACAGGACCAGUUUGACUUGCCGUUCGUGGACGUUCACCGAGUGAAGGCAGUACGCUUUUCUCUCCCUACCGGAGAAGAGGAGGACAGGGAUGAAGAGCGGGAGAGAGUGAAUGAUGGAGGGAUGACGGAGGAAGGAAAGAGACCAAGCCGAAGCGGUUCCCACAAGCACCUGGUAGAAAGAGGAGAGGAGCGAGGGCAGAAAGACUUCCUGUGUGGUUUGUGCUGCAGUAAGGCUCCGACAGUGUCUGUGUGGAACUGUGACGGAGAGAUACUGCCUCACACUGAGAUCUCCUGCAAGGUUCAUGGUCAGCUGGUGCGUCUGUAUGCCCGGGGCAUUGAGGACGGAUCAGCCACUCCCACCAGGAAGUGCCAAGACGGACACAGGAACUGCAAAGGGAGAUGUGUCCUCAACAACUAAGGAAGGCUGUGUUAGGGUCCAUUCACACUACUUGCAGAGAAAAACACUAUGCCAGAGAUGACGACAUUAAUGAUUGGAAUAAAUGAUUUUGCCGGGUACGACCAAUGAAAUGGCUUCCUUUCUGUUUCCAGUGUGAAUAUUUCAAUACCUAAGUCUUAAGAUGGAGGUUUGAAUAUGAAGGCAGUUAUAGGAAUACUUGUUUCUACAUAAAAUGCCUUUAUGCCAGUAGCCUAUGACAUCUUCUAUGACGUCUUCUGUUAACAUGUUAUGUUCACUUAAGCAGUUUUUUGCAGUUAUGAAAAUGUUGUACACACAACAAUUGAAGACCUAAUAAAUGUACACACCUUUUUACUCUGCAGAAUGUCGAGCUUCCACAUGACUUAUUGUUUACCGUAGAACUGACAUCCCUCUGGCUUAACAAUGACAUUUACCUGAGGAAUAUGUGGCUUUGUAUGUAUACAAUAGGACAAACCCGUUUUUCUUGAACCUUAAGAUCAUCUCCUUGAAGCACAGUGUUGAUCUAAGUAGCAGAGAAGCAGGGCAGAUGAACCAACAAACAAACAUUCCAUUCAGUGCAGCUUGAUGAAUCAGCCAUUGUCAUUGUUAAGGUAGUAGCAUACAUUUGGGUUCUUUCAGUCCUUCUCCUUCCUCUGGCGCUUCCAGCCCCAGAAGUCAGUCAGUCAGUCUGUGUCUGUUUAUUGUUGAAAUGACUGGAGCAGUGUGAGUGUGAGUGUGAGUGUGAGUGUGAGUGUGAGUGUGUGUGUGUGUGUGUGUGGGCUGUAGAGUGAAGGAAUACUCAGAGCUGGCCCAUAUACCUGGAAAGAGAGGAACAGAGAAUAGUGUCAGUCAUCAGCCAAUCACAGCGGAGCAACUUACGCCUAGAGCAAGCCUGGACUGAGUGAUAGAAAUGUAGGAACAGUAGAUGGAAAUAUAAUUGGUCAGGCUUCUAGUUUAGAAAAGAGACUUUGCAAAUUUGGAUGGUGUUAUCUGAUUAUAUCCCAAUAUGAUUUCAUUUUGGUUAAAGACAACUACGUGAUUUUCAAAGGGGGGAUUUGAGUAGACAGUGGAGAACUUUCUACCUUGCUGGGUCAUGGUUUGCACUCUUCCCACCGGGCACAGAAGUCAGUACAACGUUUAGAUUAAAAUUUUGUUGAGUUGUCAACUAAUGUGAAUUCAACAUGAAAUCAACUGAACAUUUCACAAUAACAUAGGAUUAAGGUAAAAAGUUAGGUAAAAAAAUGUAAAUGCCCUUACUUUGAGUUUUUGCAAAUCCAAUCAGUUUUACACAUUGAUUCAACGUCAUCACAUAUAUUUAUUCAGUAGACAUUACAUGGAAACAAUGUUAAUUCAACCAGUUAUUCCCCAGUGGGUUAUCUCCUCUGCUCAGGCUCUCACUGUGUUUUGGAACACAGCCUCACAGGCAUUAACAUAGCACCAAGAACCUGUCUGUCUCACGACUUCCGCCCAAGUCGGUCCCUCUCCUUGUUCGGGCGGGGGUUCAGCGGUCGACGUCACCGGCCUUCUAGCCAUCGCAGAUCCACUUUUCAUUUUCCAUUUGUUUUGUCUUUGUUUUACACACCUGGUUUCAAUUCCCCAAUUACAUGUUCAUUAUUUAACCCUCUGUUUUCCCCAUGGUUUUUGUGCGUGUUUGUUUUCUGUAUUUCGGUCCUAUUGUGUGGGCUUGGUAUUACUACAUGUAU